AUAUGUUUCAACUGCUUUCGAUCUUUUUGUUUCGGGUACCGACUUUCUUAUUGCAUAUAUACUUAUUGUUGGGCCUCCUUUAUCACCUUUUGCUUGGUCUCCAUUAUCACCUUUUGCUUGGUCUCCUUUAUCACCUUUUGCUUGGUCUCCUUUAUCACCUUUUGCUUGGUCUCCAUUAUCACCUUUUGCUUGGUCUCCAUUAUCACCUUUUGCUUGGUCUCCUUUAUCACCUUUUGCUUGGUCUCCUUUAUCACCUUUUGCUUGGUCUCCAUUAUCACCUUUUGUAUUGUCUCCAUUAUCACCUUUUGUAUUGCCUCCAUUAUCACCUUUUGUAUUGUCUCCAUUAUCCCCUUUUGGACCAAUAACAACCGUACCUUAACAAAAACAUUUUGUGGAAUAUCAAACAAAAAUAUGCGUUUUAUGGCUGAUUUUCGAAAUUUAUGA